GUAAUUUCCUUUAGUAUGGAAGUUCGAAAAGGGGGAAACGAAAAUGCGAAAAAAGCAAAGCCAAAUUUUCCAAAUCUCCCUCCUAGUGUUUUAAUCAGCUCGCUCGCGUCCGAUUUACGCGCUAUAACCCUCCCCCCCACCCCGCUCCACCCCCCUUCAAAAUUGUCUACUUAUUACCUCAGCGCUUCUCUGUCUAUACUAGUUUCUUCUAUUCCCCCCUUUGCCUCAUUUUCGCAUCUAACAAUGAGGACAGGUGCUAAGAGAAAGGAAGCAGCAGGAAAAGCCAAGGCCAAAGAGGAGGCCAAGGACACUACCACCACCGAAGAACAAAACGCCGCAACCACCCAAGAAGAAGGGACCAACACCAAAUCAGCUGCUGCUGUGGAGAAAAGCGAAUCUGUUCAAGAAAACCACAAAGAGGGAGAGGAGCCCAGGAAAAAUGAGAAAGUUGUUAAGCGCCAAGCUAAACGAACUAAGAUUGCUAAGCCUGAAACUGAGGCGGAGUACUUAUCCGAUAAGCGUAAUUUGGAAGAUUUAUGGCAGGAGGUUUUUCCUGUUGGCACGGAGUGGGAUCAGAUUGACAUGGUUUACCAAUACAAAUGGAAUUUCUCAAAUCUCGAAGAUGCAUUUGAAGAAGGCGGAGAAUUGCAUGGAAAGAAAGUCUACCUUUUUGGUUGUACCGAACCACAAUUGGUUUUUUACCAGGGACAGUCAAAAGUCACGUGUAUACCUGUUGUGGUUGCUGUCGUAUCUCCUUUUCCACCUUCUGAUAAAAUUGGUAUAAACUCUGUACAAAGGGAAGCUGAAGAGAUACUGCCAAUGAAACAGAUGAAAAUGGACUGGGUUCCAUACAUCCCUUUGGAAAAACGGGAGGCUCAGGUUGAAAGACUCAAAUCCCAAAUUUUUAUUCUGAGGUGUACUCAGAGAAGGGCUGGUUUAAAACACUUGAAGUUGGAGCGAGUUAAGAAGUUUGAAUAUUGCUUACCUUAUUUUUAUCAGCCGUUUGCAGAAGAUGAGUUUGAACAGAGCACCAUUGUGCAGAUCUUGUUUCCAACAGAACCGCCUGUGUUUUGCGAGUUUGAUUGGGAAUUUGAUGAGCCAGAGGAAAUGGCAGACAAAUUUAUUGAGGCAGAGGAGUUGGCCGCAGAUAAAAAAGAUGAAUUUGUGGAAUUUGUGAAGGAGAAAGUUAAAGAAGGAAAGAGGAGCAACCGAGAGGCUAGAGAAGCCAGGAAAAAGGCUAUACAGGAUAUGAGUGAAGAAGCGAAAGCUGCAUUUCAGAGUAUGAAAUUUUACAAAUUUUAUCCCGUGACCUCACCUGAUGCUCCUGAUGUAUCUCAGGUCAAGUCUUCAUUCAUAAACAGAUACUACAGGAAGGCUCACAAAGUUUUCUGAAUGAUGCAUCAGAGAGCAUAUUCAGAAUGGGAAAAUAACUGCUGUCUGAAACCAUGUAUUUUUGGAAGCCUACUUCAGAGCUGGAUGAUGGAAUCAUACUGUUCAGCUUAGUAUGUGUUUUGCGGCAACCAUUAGAGUUACAGAACUAUUUAAGGAUGUAGAAAGAUCCAUAGAGGCAAAAUGUAACUUUUCCUCAAUCCUAUAGCUAGAGUGUUCAGUCAAAAAUUUUGGCAAUGAAUUCUUGUCUGCAUUGUGAAAUUUUCAUUUCAUUUUGGAUGCAAAUGUAAUCCUUAGUUAAGUUAUCAUGUGUAUCCCUGCAGACAUUAUGAGCUGCAAUUAGCAGUUGGUUCUUAGUUCGACUUGAUCAGGUGAACUAUGAAUGUUUUUGCUUCAAAUGGAAGAAGGGUAUAUCUGGUUUCCCCUCA